AUGUAUUAUUUGCAAUCAGCUGAUAAAGAAUGCAUACGAUGUGGAAUAAAUGGCUUAGCGAAUCACUUAGUGUUCCAUGGUAUAAGUGACAGUACGCGAACUGAAAGAGAAAAUGAAGAUAAUAAUGCAGACAUAAUGAUGCAGCAAUUAAACGACAAAAGCGCAAAGAAUGAUUGCGCUAUGGAAAAUAAGAAAAGACAACGAUCUUGUUAUGAAUCAAUUCAAGAUCAACCAAUAAUGCAGACGAAUACUUUGAAACAAAUAUUGCGAUCUGAAACAUCAAAUAAUGAGAGUUUAGCUCCAGAUGUUUUAACAUCUCAAAAUGUAAGUAAAUGUUUAAAGCUUGAUGAAGAAAUUGGAAGAAAUAUCGUAGAUUUACGUAGAAUGCAACAUACAAAUGAACCGAAUAUUGCAAGUUCAAGAAUUUAUCGAGAGGCAUACCUGCCAGACACAGCCAGUGAAGGAGAUCGAUGGUUACAUUAUGGAGCGGUUCAGAAUCAGCGAACGGUAAUGACAAAUGUUCCUCAGCAGAUAUUGCAAACUCAUAAUGCAACAAAUGUUGAAGUUUGUCCUAUGGACUAUUUAGCAUAUUCUACAAAUAGGUAUUCAAAAUCUGAUGAAGAAACUCGAAGAACUGCCAAUAUGACGAUGCAAUUCUCGGUUAAUCGGAGGAAUAACACAGGUUUUUAUCAGGAGGUUUCGCAUUUGCCAGUCAUAGGAAGUGAAAGAAGUCAAUGGUUAUAUUAUAAAGCAAUAAAAGACUUGGAAACAUUCAUGCUGACGUCUUCAAAAUAGGUGAUAACACAUCAAUUAAUUAGUAACACAUCAAAUUAUAACCGGAUAUCUUCACAUUUCAUAAUAUGUAUGAGUAUUCAGGAUCUCAGGAAAGGAUUAGAAAAAAUCCAACGAAUAUAUUGAUACAUGUUUCAGCACAUAAAAAAGAUAAUUCAAGUACGUGCUUUUAUCAAGCUGGUGCGCAUUUGCAAGUUGUAGAAAUAAUUCAAUGAUAAAAUGGUUGCAAACGUUAUCUUUAUCAAGUGAUGUAUAUAAUUUAAAGUAAUUUUACAUUUUGUACUAGUCAGUUAUGUAUGUUUCUAUUCUUUCACUUGAAUCUAUAUGAAUGUUAAGUUGUAUUACAAUUUGAUAUCAACAAUGACGAUUAUUUCGAAAGAGAUAAAAUAGUAAUGAAUAUUUUGUUUUUAUUCACAUA